CAUCAAUAUCAACAGUUAGUAUAGAGAAACUGAGUAAUAUUUCCAUUUUUAUUUUUACUGUUGUUGGAGAUGUCUGAGAUGUUUAUAUAGGGAAUUCAUUUAGAAAUAUUAAAAGGUUAUUAUUAUUCAGGUGUUUAUAUGAAAAAUGUAUUAAUUGUUGCUUGCUGGUGUUACUGCUUGCCAAGCUCAUGUUUUGAUUUCUGGAAGCAAUCCAUGUGAUCUGAAAAUCGAUUUUAUAGGCCUGUUACCUGUGAAAUAAAUCAUACUGCACUAACUGCACAUCAGUCUGGCAUUAAGACUCACAAAAUUACAGUGUUGACCACCUACACCCAGGUGAAUGAAAUAUUUUCCAUUUUGGUUCAGAAACUUUUAACACCCCUCUCCAGUUAGUAACUGGUUAGAAUGAAAUAUAAGAAUGGUUAAUAACAGUCCAAUAAUAUAGACUACUGUGCUUAUAUUAGGCUUGUGCUAUAGCUAAAAACAGCAACAAAAGGGCAACAAUAUUGCCCUUUUAAAUAUCACCCAAUUCUGUUUUGUUUCACACAACAAUAUAUCAUCACUAGUUCUGGCAAUAUUUUAUGAUCAACUCCAGAAAUAUUGGCAUCCUUCAAAAUCAUGGGCAGAAAUGAUUAAAUGAUAAAGAUUACACACAAAAGUUAGAACUUUCCACAUAAACAACUGGAGAAAAAUUCUUUAAAAAAGUAUUUUCUAUAGAAACACAAACAAAAACACUGCAUUCUCAACACUAAAGAAUAUGUCAAAUAGAUACAGAUAGCAGAUAUUGAUCCUUGAAAAAAAGAUAUAUUUGUUAACUGCUCUAUAUUAUGCUUUAAAAUUGAUUAAGUCUCCAGGAACUAUUGUUACCCAUGACCUAUUUCGCUGGGGGAAUAAUACAAGGCUGUAGGUCCUACAUGUGAAAUUUCAUGUCAUCCAUCACCAUGUGAUAAACCAAAGACCUGUCAACACAAACGCUUGUUGACCUGCAGACAUCAGAUCGAAAAAAUACAUAACUAGUUGCACAGUAGUACAUUAUGGGCUGUAAAAAAAAAAAAAAAAAAAAUUUCAAAGUUUAUAACAGAUGAAACUUGAAAAAGAUCCAUGCCCACAUUGAGGAGGAUGCUGGGGAGACAAAGAAAAUUGCACAGUCUAGUUGAUGCUUGAGGUUGUCUAGCUUCAAAAUCAAAAUCAACCACCUCCACAACAACAAGCUACUUGGAAUGGUCGCACAAAAAAAGCACAAACAUGGUUCCUGAGAGCAACCCACAAUCUGCAGCAGUCAAAACUACAAUUACAAAUGUGUAUUGUGGUCAGAUAAGAUGAAAAUCUGACAUUUUGGCCUUGCACACCAUCUGCAGGUUUGGCAGAGCAAAGGGGAUUGCAUAUAAGGAAAGGCAUCCAAACCCACAGUAAAAUAUAGUGGUAUAUUAUUGAUGCUGUGUGUCUGUUUCGCGGUUGGUGGUCCAGGAACUUUUAGGGAGAUUGAUGGCAUCAGGAGCUGUUAGGUUCUAGAUCAUUAUAACCCAAGAUCUGGUUGCUUCUGGAAGGAAAUGAACACUUUUCUGUAGAAGGAUAUUUAAACAAAAUGAUGACUCUAAACAUACAUUCACAUCAGAUCCUAUUGAGAACUUGUGAGAUGAAAGAAAAAGGACAGUCCAUGUGUGCAAACCUAAGAAUAUAAAUGAACUUUAAAAUGUUCUGCAUGAAAACCAGGUGAAGCAUCACCAAAUAGUAAUUGUGGAGGUGCUUUGGAGUGUUUUGCAGAAAAAAAGCUCUAUUUAAGAAAAAAAUAUAAUCGUUUAAAUAAACUAUGGGGAUGUUUAAAUAAAAUGGUGUCAUAUAUCUUAUGGAUUUAAGGCUACAAUAUCAAGCAUGAAGGGUGCCAAUAAUUCUGGAAGUGACUGCAUAUGUUAUGUAAAAGAUUCCGUACAAAAUAGUAGGGGUUACAGUAAGUGAGAAUGGCGAUGUGUUGUGUGAAGGAGGAGUGUGUGCUGCGAGACUCCCUCUGGAAACUGGCGUCACAUGGGCCGUUAUUACCAGCUGUGUGGGAAAGAGAUGCGCACAAACUCGCCAACUAUUCACAGCGGAAAAUCAGCUUUCCACAGCUGCAUCUGUUCUAAUCAUUCAACAGCGAGUUCAGACUUCUAAACGAGUGCAGAAUGCUCCAAGGGCGGAGAGAACAGACGGAUAUUGUUGGAUCUGAAGACGUUGUUGGAGGAGGUGCAGUCGGAGGUGAAAAGGGAAGAGAGUAAACGCAGCGAGCUCCAGCUUCAAUACACCAAGGACCAGUGCGCAUGGGAGCUGGAAAAGGCAGAGCUGAAAUGCAGAAUUGCACAGUUGGAGGCCAAAAGAACAGUGAAUAGUGAGACUGGAGACACAGUAAGGAGGGAAAGAGAGGAAGAGCGGAGGCUGCUGGCAGACACCCAUACUGCAGCAAUGGACCUACGCUGCCGGCUGGAGCACAGCGAGAAGGACUGGGCGAGGGAGAAAUCCGAGCUUUUGGAGCGCUUUGACUUGGAGAGGAAGGAGUGGGAGAGUCAGCUCAGGGACAUGCAGCACAAGAUUGAGGAGCUGUACAAUGAAGUGAAGGCUCAUCGACAGAAAGGUGCUUUUGGACCAAACAGCGGUGCACAAACCACUGCCAUAAGGCUCAGUACACAUUCUGGCAGCACUAUAUCCAGCACUCUGACUGACUCCUCAGAGGCCCACAGCAGCAGUUACUCUGAGCCUCUCACCCAGCACAGGCAGAGCAGCACUAACUCCAGUCAUAACAGUAGUGAACCCAAUGGCCAGCGCUAUAGCAUUCAGAGUGAGCGAUCAAAGCAGGGCGGCUCCGGGAAGUAUGAGCAUAAUGAACUCGAGGCCAUUAACACUGCAGAGCUAGAAGAUAUUCUUCAUGGGUGCCUUCUGAACAAGCCUGUCUCUGGUGGGCAAAAGGAUCAGCUCAACCCCUCCCGAGGUUUUCAGAAUAUAGACAUCAACUGUGCAAGUGAUAAAAAGAAGAACACAAUGGCUCUUAAUGCUGCUCUUAAAGAAAUAGCUAGGGUUAGUGAGGAGCUGUGCAGCUACCAGGAUGAGAUCAGAAAGAAGUCUGAUGUCAAGAGAAGCCAGACUGAGUCAGUGUUCUUUCCAGGAGAUGUUGAGAUGCGUGAGAAAGAUAUGUUGGAACUGGACGACACAGAUUUCAACUUGGAUGAGUGGUGCAAAGAUCUUCAUGUCCUGGACAAGCAGAAAGGGAUUAUCCGGGAUGAUAUUAAAAAGAAUUCAUCCAAGACUGAAAGUGACACUGAACUACCUGUGAAGAGAAGAGAUGUCCCUCCUAUUCCAUUCAGGAGCACAUCUUGGUACAUUAACAGCCCCUCAGCUACAGAUAUACCGUCCAGUGCCCCUGAGCCACUGAUGCGCAAAACAUGUCGAAGCCCUUGCCUUCACAGAAAGUGCAACAGCCCCUCUAUCGUGCGAAGAUUCGAGGCAAUGCUACAAGAGAAUGAGGGAAAGAUUCUGACAGACUCUGGGAUUGUGCCCGGCCCAGUGCCUCGUGAUUCCAAGUGCAAUAUCAGCUGCUGCCAGAGCCGGUGGUCCUGUGAUGGAAGCAGGUUUGGCAGCAGCAAGUCAUCCACAUAUGUGCCUAUCCAAAAAUGUCUCUCAGAAGUUAAUAUAAUAGCUGCAGAGGCUGAGUGCAGUCAGAACCAGAUAGAUACAGACAAUAAACAAAACCUGAAGGAAGAGCUUCAUCUCAUGGACUCAACACACAAGGGUGUGGCUGCUGACUUCCAAAUGCCUCCAGACAUAAGCUCACCUUCCAUCAACACCACUGUCCCACGGAGAAAUGAGAUGCUAGAACGGAAAACAGCUGAGUUCAACCGCAUCCUCUUUCAGGCAGGCAUGGGUUUUCAGUAUGAUGAGGACAGUAGCUCUACAGAUGUGCGCUAUACAUUUGAUAGUACCACUGAGGACAAUCUGACAAACGUGCCGCCAGAUCUUACGACACAUUAUUCAAUAAGCAAGUGUGAACAGAUUGCUCCACAGUUAAAGAACCAAACAAGAGAUUCCAGUUCUGGCCGUUCAGCUCUGCAACAGGAUGUAAAAGUGAAGAAGGUAACAUCUGGUCUAUCACAGCAUCUAGCAGUGAAAGAUGAGGACCCAAAAUUUACACGCCUGUUAUUGCAUACAGAAGACAGACAACCUUCCACCACUCAGUUUGAAAAAAGCUUGAGAACAGUUAAAUCAGAUUUAGAUUUGUGUCCAUCACAGCUAAAACAUCAGACUGAGAAAUUCAGUAAAGUCAAGUCUGUCACUUCAGGUCAAUAUCCUGCUGAAACAAAACCUAAAAAGCCUGAACGUACAAAACAGGACAUGCCUAACACAAGGUCCAGAGUUUUAGAUGAAAAUCCUUGGAAACCUUCGACUCUGGCUGCCUACCCUCGACCACUGGAGUCCCGGUCCAACUAUGGGGCAAUAGAGAGGAUAUUGAAGAGUUAUGAAAAUUUGGGACAUUCCCAGCAAGACAAGCAUUUGCAAUCUAAUCCAGGGAGGGAGGAGGACCUCACGGAGCUCUUGAAUUUGCUUGAAAUCCAGCAUCAGUCUAGAUCCAGUGAAAGAGUCACACACACACCUCACCAACAAGCUGUAGCUCACAAAGAAGCACAUGUAACAGUGAAGCAAAGCAAAGAAUCAGCAGUAAUCGUCAAGAAGAGUUUCUCUCGACCAGCUUGUCCUGCUAAAAGACGUCUACCCUCACGCUGGGCUAAUCGCUCUUCCUCCACCUCAUCUACAUCCUCCCCUUCUCCGUCACCAACAAUGCAGCCCACCAUCUCCAGCUCACAGCAAACGUUCACCUACUCUGCAUUUCACACAGAGACAGUCAUCAUGUAAGAACAUACAACAAAAUGUGACUAAUCAGAGUCACACCCAUGCUGAGAACAAUGUCUUCAAAGCUGAAUGCUUCCAUGUCUCUUCCUGAUUACCUUUGUAUAUACCAAUAAUGACUGUUAAUCCAACAAGUUUUUCAAAAUACAGCCUCACUUACUGUUGCAUUAUAUUAAUCAUGUUCUGUAUUGUCAACAUAUUAAGCAUACACUAUAUAGCCAAAAGUUUUACACCUGACAUCACACCCAUAUGUGGUUCUUCCCCAAACUGUUGAAAGCACACAGUUGUAUAGAAUGUCUUUGUAUGCUGUAGCAUUACAACUUCCCUUCACUGGAAUUAAGGGGCCUAAACAUGUUCCGGCAUGACAAUACUCCUGUGCACAAAGUGGAGGUUUGGUGAGGUUGGUGUGGAAGAACCUUAGCAGCCUGCACCUGACUGACCUCAACCCCACUGAACACCUCUGGAAUAAUUUGGGACAUGGACUGUGCCCCAGGCCUCCUCGCCCAACAUCAGUGCCUGACCUCACUAAUGCCAUUGUGGCUAAAUCCUCAGCCACACUCCAAAAUCGACUGGAAAGCCUUCAAGAAGAGUGGAGAUUAUUAUAAGAGCAAAGAGGGGGGCUAAAUCUGAAAUGGGAUGUUCAACAAGCACAUGUGGGAGUGAUGGUCAGGCGUCCACAAACCUUUGGCCAUAUAGUGUAUCUAUGUAUAUUUUUCUCUCCAGCCGUGUUCUUGAUCCAUACCAAAGGCUGAGUAAAAGAAUCCAGCAGAUUUCUGUGCAACUGCCGUGAUAUUUUUCCCUAUGUGUUUAGGUGCCUCCAACUUUUGACCAUAUUUAAAAGCUCUAUUGCUGAUUAUUUCAAAAUCAUUUGUUAUACUUUCAUUGACUCUCAUCAAAAUGAUUGACUUGUAUGAAUAAGACAUGUAUUAUAAACUUACUCUGUCUACUUACCUGAUGUGAAACAUAUCAUUAAAGUAUAACCUUUACAA